CCCGAGAUGAAGACUGCCCUGCUGCUCCUUGUCACCCUGGCUGUGGCCGCUGGGCCAGCCCAGGCUCUCCGCUGUCACGUGUGCUCCAGCUCUACCAACUGUAGGAAACCUCAGACUUGCCCCACCAGCUCGCGCUACUGCAGGACCAUGACCAAGGUGGAGCCCCUGGCGGGGAACCUGGUGGAGAAGGACUGCUCAGAGUCGUGCACGCCCGCAUACAGCAUGCAGGGCCAGGUGAGCAGCGGCACAGCAGCCACCCUGUGCUGCCAGGGCGACCUGUGCAACGAGAGUCUGCAGAGCCACGCGCCUGCUCGCAUCCUGCUCUCCAGUGCCACCCUCAGCCUGGCCCUGGCCCUCGGCCUCCUCGCCUUCAUCUUGGUCCCCAACCUGUGACCCCCCCCAAGGCA